CUUCCGGUUUCUGACGUUCCUCGUCAGACAUGGGACCGAGGUCCGAAUCACCACUAGUUAAUGAUGUGUCUUAGGUCCCGUUGUUCGUAAACAGAAUGAGAUAAAAUGGAGAGUGUAAAGACGGAGUCUGCUGCGGCUGAAGAGGACGAGUGUUCAGAUUCAGAGGUUUUAUGUUUGAUGAGAGUCGGGAGAAAUUCAGACUGGUUGCGCUUGUUCGACAACACAGAGAUCACCGUUGGACGUGGAGUGGAUGUAACCUACCAGUUGCUGUCUCCAAGUUGUCCGCUGAUGAUCUCCAGACUGCACUGCACUUUAAAGAAAAGGGAAGACGGACGGUGGACAGUCACUGACAGGAAGAGUCUCAAUGGUGUAUGGGUCAAUGGAAACCGUAUUCCUGCUGAAGAAGCCUUUCAGCUGAAGCUGGGAGACUCCAUACAACUUGGGGUUCCUGCAUUUGGAAGCAGUGUUGAGUUUGACUAUAUACUUGUGCAGAGGCCUCUAAAGGACAUUAGACACUGUCUAGCAAAGGAGCAUAGAGCGGUUGCUGAAGCAUAUACUCCCAAGAAGUCCAAGAGGAAGUUAAGUGCGGAAGAAGUUGAGCCCUCUACCUCAAAGUCCAAGCUCUACUGCUGCUCUUCAGCGGACAAGAUAUUUGCAAAACCCUGCCCUCUGCCUUCAAUAAAACGCCGGCAGAGGCUCAGUCACACCCAGUCAGCAGAAAGUGGACCCAGCAGACAAGCCCAAGAAGUAGACCGGCCUUCUGAUGAGUCCAGAACCUCCUGUGAUGUGGACAACUUACAGAUGUACAGCCAGAAUAUUCUGUUACUGAGGGAACAGGUGGAUGAUACCCAGAGGCAAGUAGCCUCUCUGGAGGAAGAGCCCCAAAAGGCCAACCUGCUCAGAGAGGAACAGGUCAGGGAGCUGCAGACUCAACUGGAGACUCUCCGAGCCAAAAUGCACCGUAUGGAGACAUUAGAAAAGUCUUUCAGUGAAACCAAGAGGCAACUAGAGGCAGAGAAAACACAGCAACAAGAGGAGUUACUGAAAAAACAAUUGGAUGAAGCCUUACAAGAACAAAAGAAAGUGAUCGAUGAACUUUCCCUCUCUCGACAAGGCUUUGAGGAGAUUCUUUUGGCCAAAAACAAAGAGCUGGAAGUGACAAAGGAGGAGAAAGAAAAGGCAAGAGCGCAAAAAGAAGAGGUUGUGACACAAGUCACAGAGGUUCUCGAAAAUGAGCUUCAGUGCAUCAUCUGCUCUGAACUCUUCAUUCAGGCAGUCAUCCUGAACUGUGCUCACAGCUUCUGCUGUCACUGCAUCCAGCAGUGGCGCAAAAAGAAGAAUGAGUGUCCCAUCUGCAGACAGACCAUCCUGUCCCAGACCCGCUGUCUGGCCCUGGACAACUGUAUUGACGGCAUGGUGGAAAAUCUGAGCCUGGACAUGAAGGCAAGGCGUCAGGCACUCAUCACUGAGAGGAAAGCAGCCAUUUCUGAAGAGGUGAUGGUGAUCCACGAUGACGACAGCAGCGGCGGCUACAUUGAGAGCGACAGCGACAGUGACAGCAGCAUGGUGUCCAUAGAUAGCAGACUGAGCUCUGUGGUCUCUACGGACACAGAUAGUAGUAGUUUGCCCCCGGAACCCAAUUCGUCGUCCAACAGUGAUUACUCAGGCGAAAGUUAUGACAGCUUUGAAGUUUAACCCAGUUCUUGUGUGGGUUACUGCGCUUCGGACUGUUUGGUGUUUGCCUUUCCCUGGAGUCCUUCCGGGGCCUUUAACAUAUUGAGCGCAAUAUUUCAAGUUUCGUAAGGUCUAAUAAACAUAUUCAAUUAAGGUUUAUAUUUUCUUUAAGGUUGUUGAUGUAUUAUGUUUAUUUUCAAUCAAAGGAAUAAAGUUUACUGUGUCAUUUUCCA